CGGAAGGUUUCUCACGUUUUCAGUGAUCUUCGUCAUCUUUAUCACGACUCCUACUUGUAAUCGUUAUCCAUCCCUUUCCGCAUACGUCACUAUGAAUCACCACCACCAUCAUCAGCGAUGUUUACUAAACCACAUUCAUUGUCCCACUGAAAAACCCAAACAGGUUUCUUCUUCUUCUUCUUCUUCUGUUAGGGUUUCAACAUUACUAAUUUCCAUUUUGUUUAAAACAUGCGGGGCAAUGGAGUUAUAGGGAUUCUCUCAGAAUCCACAAACAAAUGGGAAAGACGGGCCCCUUUAACACCCGCCCACUGUGCUCGACUUCUCCACAGUGGUAAGGGUAAAGCGGAAGUCACACGCAUUAUUGUACAACCAUCAACCAAGCGUAUACAUCAUGAUGCUCUCUAUGAGGAUGUUGGUUGUGAGGUUUCUGAGGAUUUGUCUGACUGUGGUCUCAUAUUGGGCAUCAAGCAACCAAAGUUGGAGAUGAUUCUUCCUGACAGAGCAUAUGCCUUUUUCUCCCACACUCACAAGGCACAGAAAGAGAAUAUGCCCUUGCUAGAUAAAAUCUUGGCUGAAAGGGCAUCUUUGUUUGAUUAUGAGCUCAUUGUUGGAGAUGAGGGGAAAAGGUUACUUGCUUUUGGCAGAUUUGCUGGUAGGGCUGGCCUUGUCGACUUCUUAAGUGGACUCGGAAGAAGGUAUCUGAGUCUUGGAUAUUCCACCCCAUUCCUGUCGCUAGGUUCGUCUUAUAUGUAUCCCUCACUGGCUGCUGCCAAGGCUGCAGUUGUUUCCGUCGGUGAAGAGAUCGCUACUACCGGAUUGCCCUCAACAAUAUGUCCUCUAGUUUUUGUUUUCACUGGUUCUGGAAAUGUUUCUCUUGGAGCACAAGAAAUAUUCAAGCUUCUCCCUCAUACGUUUGUGGAUUCAAGUAGACUUCCAGAAUUAUUUGACACGGCUUCUCUGCCCAGAAGAGCUUUCCAAGUGUAUGGCUGUGUUGUGGGUUAUGAAGACAUGGUUGAACAUAGUGAUCCUGUUCAAGUCUUUGAUAAAGUUGAAUACUAUGCACAUCCUGAACGAUACGAGCCAGUUUUUCACAAGAAGGUUGCUCCGUAUGCAUCCGUUAUAGUUAAUUGCAUGUACUGGGAGAGAAGAUAUCCUCGUUUAUUGAGUUACCAGCAGCUACAAGAUCUAGUGCAUAAAGGCUCUCCACUUGUUGGGAUUUGUGAUAUUACUUGUGAUAUAGGAGGAUCUAUAGAAUUUGUCAACAGAACCACAUUAAUUGACUCACCUUUUUUCAGAUAUGACCCGCUUGGUGACUCGUAUCAUGAAGACAUGGAGGGUGAUGGUGUAAUAUGUUUAGCUGUUGACAUUCUGCCAACUGAAUUUGCCAAAGAGGCUUCCCAACAUUUUGGUGAUGUUCUUUCCCAUUUUAUUGGGAACUUGGCUUCGACUAAGGAUAUUGAGGAUCUACCUCUUCACUUAAAGAGAGCUUGUAUAGCACAUGGAGGGGCUCUUACUCACUUAUACGAAUAUAUUCCCCGAAUGCGGAAUUCACAAGAAACGCAAGGGAACGUUACAAAUGGUCUCUCUAAAAAGAAGAGAUACACUAUGUUGGUUUCUAUAAGCGGUCAUCUUUUUGACCAAUUUCUGAUCAAUGAGGCCUUGGAUAUUAUUGAAGCUGCUGGGGGCUCCUUUCAUCUCGUCAAAUGUCAAGUGGGUCAGUGCGCCGAUUCAAUGUCUUACUCAGAACUCGAAGUUGGUGCAGAUAAUAGUGCAGUCCUUGAUAAAAUAGUUGAUAGCUUGACAUCUAUAGCAAACACAAAGGAAGAGGACAAUGGAAAAACAAAUUUGUUUGCUGUCAAGGUUGGGGAAGUGAAGGAUUCUUGUGUGAAGAUGGGUGGUUAUGGUUCAAAAAAGAGGAACACAGUUCUUAUUUUAGGGGCGGGGCGGGUUUGUCAACCUGCUGUUGAAUUCUUGUCUUCAAUUGGAAACAGCAAUUCACCAUCAGAAUGGAAAAAAUCAUGUAAGAUAGCAGCAGAAUUCGAGGAGCACAACUAUGUUCAAGUUAUAGUUGCAUCCCUUUUUCUCAAGGAUGCAGAGGAGAUAAUCAAUGGUAUUCCAGAUGCAAUUGCAGUUGAGCUGGACGUGAUGGAUCAUGAUAGUCUCAGUAAAUACGUCAGUCAGGUCGAUAUUGUUAUCAGUCUACUGCCUGCAAGUUUUCAUAAUACCAUCGCUAAUGUCUGCAUUGAGCAUAAAAAAGAUCUUGUUACUGCUAGCUACAUUAAUGAUUCAAUGUUGAAGCUACAUGAUGCAGCCAAAGGUUGUGGCAUUACAAUUCUUGGUGAAAUGGGCUUGGAUCCUGGAAUAGAUCAUAUGAUGGCAAUGAAGAUGAUCAACGAAGCACAUGCCCAAGGAGGGAAAAUCAGGUCUUUUACAUCCAACUGUGGGGGUAUUCCAUCUCCUGCAGCUGCAAAUAACCCAUUAGCUUACAAGUUCAGCUGGAAUCCAGCAGGGGCUAUACGAUCUGGGUGCAAUCCUGCCACCUACAGACAUGAUGGAGGAACUGUACAUGUUGACGGGGAUAAGAUAUACGAGUCAGCGACAAAAUUCCGGCUACAUGAUUUUCCAGCUUUUGCUCUGGAGGUUCUACCCAAUCGCAACUCCUUAAUUUAUGGGGAUUUGUAUGGUAUACAAGAUGAAGCCUUGACAAUCUUUCGUGGGACUCUGCGUUAUCAAGGGUUUGGUGAGAUAAUGGGUUCACUGGCACGAAUUGGUUUCUUCCAUAAUGAAGUUUGUCCAAUUCUUACAAAUAAAGAUAGACCUAGACCUGCUACAUAUAGAACAUUUCUAUUUGCACUUUUGGAGUUAGAUAACUCUGAUGAUGAAGAAGAAUCAGUCAAGGCAGAGAAGCUUAUAUCAGAAAGGCUGCUAGCACUUGGAAUCUGCAAACAGGAUGAAGCUGCAAUCAGGACAGCUAAAGCAAUUAUAUUUUUGGGAUUUUACGAGCAAACAGAGGUACCCUCAACAUGCCAAACUGCAUUUGAUGUGACAUGCCUCCGCAUGGAAGAAAGAUUAGCCUAUACCAGAACAGAACAGGACAUGGUUCUUUUGCAUCAUGAAAUAGUGGUAGAUUUCUCAAAUGGGUGCCCCACAGAGCACCGCCAGGCUACCUUAUUGGAAUUUGGAAGGGUUGAGAAUGGGAAAGAAACAAGUGCCAUGGCUUUCACUGUCGGAAUUCCUGUAGCCAUUGGAACCCUGCUUUUACUUGCAAAAAAUAUUACAACUACUGGUGUCCUAAGGCCUAUUGAUCCAGAAGUUUAUGAGCCAGCACUGGAAAUCUUACACGCUUAUGGAUUCAACAUAAUGGAGAAGAUUGAUUAACAAUUGUCAGUCUGAUGAUUCUUUAUUAGUCCAAGUGUAUUAAUUACAUCAGAGGGUCCUAAAUGUAAUAUCUUUGUCUUUAUAUUGUAUUGUAAUGACAAGUUUAUCACGAUAACCAAAUCUAUGGAACCUAUCGGUAUCACUUUGUAUCA